AUGAAAGUGAUACUGCACAUCGGUCACACCAACGCGAUGUGCACACUUUUCGGCGCAGUGCUCCGUAGCGGUAGCACUCCGGCGGAGCAAACGGCAUGUCGUAUAAUACAGAUGCCAAAACCAACCGGAGAUGUGGAAACUUUUGCUUUCCAGGCUGAAUUCGCUGAUAUGCGUGAAAUGAUCUCUUCGGAAUUGAUUUGUCGGAUGCUCUCGACAAAAUUCGUUAUGAAUACAAGAAUGCUGGCUCUGACUAUCAUCGAUACUAGUAUUGGAAUGCCCAAAGCCGAUCUGGUCAAUAAGCUUAGUACGAUUACCAAGUCUGAAACGAAAUCAUUUAUGGAAGCUUUGCAAGCCGGAGCCGACAUGUGA